AUCAAAGCCGACUCGAUUUUGUAAAUGUCACUGUUUUUAUAGCUCUCGUAUUAAUAUAAUUUUAUAAAGUUUAUAUUUUUUAUAAAAUUAUUAAACCAUGGAAGAGAAUUACAAAAAGAAUGUUGCCUUAUACAAAAUGCCAAGCAUUUAUCCAAAACAAACGAUUGAUACGAUCCAUCGAAUGGAAGCGCAUCAAAAUGUACUCGGCGUAUUAUUUUUCCAUAACGAUUUGCUGGAACUGUCUACAUUGCCUGAAGCGAUGACUCAAGCCCUUUCAUUCAAACUCCCUACAAUCGUUCAAUGUUUCCGAAGAGCUGUCCAUGAAAUCGAUAUUUUGGAUGACUUUAUGGCGUUCCGAAUCGCGACAGCUUCGUUGGAAAUUCUAUUAAUUGGUGACAAGAGUUUCUCAGCGUGCGUGGUUCAAACAUUUCCGAAAAAAAGGAAGCAUUCAUCCCAUCUGAAAAUUUUAACAAACUUGCUGAAAAACUACAACGACGAAAGGCUCGUUCGAACUACGGCAUCUCUGAACGAGAUAAAUCCAAUAGUGGACAGAAUUAUGGAGGAUGACUCCGUCGAAGGUGUUAUAAUGGCGAACAAUGAAGGUGAGCCCAUACUGACGAACAUGCAUCUUAUGAACGCAACAGCCUAUAGUCUUGCAAUGCAUCGUUUAGGCGUAAUGGUACAGAACUGUGUCAAGGAAGUGAAUCCAUUCGACGAAGUCAUGGUACUGCGAGUUAAUACAAAGAAAGUAGAAAUAAUGACGGCACCUCAUAAAGACUUCUGUAUUAUAAUUGUACAACAUUCUCGUAGCAAAGUCAAAGAAAAGCCGAAAUAAAUAACUUUAUUUCAAUUCGUUUAUUUAUAUAAUCAAAGUAACGGAUGUAGGUACCUAGGUUAAGAUCAUUAAUUUUUAUGGGAUCAAGUUAUUGUUAACCUUCGCAGAGGGUAUCUUCCGCAAUACCACCCCGUUAACAUCGCAAUGCACCAGUCACUAACAAUUUACAUUUGCACAAGCAUAAUAUUAGCAAAAAAAAUUGUGCUUUACACGAUAGACGUGAAAACUUUAUAAGCGCGGGGUAAAUACAUCCUAAUUACGAAACGCAUUUUACUUUUUGGGUAUAAUUAUUGUCGUCUAUCUUCUUAUCGUCAAUUUUGAUAAAAUGUAUUAAACGUAGUGUUUUAAAUUGUUUAUGAAAUGUAUUAUUAUUUAUUGAUCUAAUAAAAAUUACUUAUAACCAGUUUUA